AUGACCACACUAUUAUCAUACCCAACAGGUGGAUACCUCAAAUUGCCAAAGCCCGCAAGUCUGGCCGACGGCAGACCGCAUCGAUGGAGAUCUGACAGGGAGCGCUCACCAGUGUGGGCGAGGCUCGAGAAGCUGACCAGGGGGGACGAGGUCGCGUCGGGAAGGUCGACUUCGUCAAUCAACGGAGCAGACGAGUGCGAGCCAAGCGAGCCAAGAGCGAACGAUGGUUCCUGUCCAGGUUACGCCCGACUGCCCGGCAAGACGUUGCACCCUGGACUUGCCUUUAAAGCCAAUGGGAUUGGCUCGGCCCUGGUCUGCAGCAGCGGGUCCACCCACCCACUGCACUGCGAACCCACUGCAGAGAGUCUAGUGUCCACUGCGCUUCGUCGCCGUCCCAACGUCCCCCAGCAUCCCGCCCGUUCCUCUUCCAUCUCACAAGCGAACGGCACCGCGACGGCAGAGUGA